CUCAUAUCUGUUAAAUUCUCUCACUGGUGUAAAGAUUUUCAGUACAGACAUACAUUGACAAACGAGCACAGUAUUCCAUCCAUGCUGUGAUCAAUUUAAUUGAUUACAGAUUCGAUUGUCGGCAAAAUGGUGGUGGGAUAGUGAUAAAAGUCUGAUACACAAGUAUUUUGUCUUUGACACUUCACGACUGACGACGUGAUUGUAGCUGCUGAGAAAUCUUUACAGACAUGUCGAAGAGCAACGAAAAAGCCAACGAGGAAUACGUACCGUCGUUCAGAAUCGAGGAUAACAUAUUGAUUGGUGCGGAGGAAACUCAUUCAGGAUGCACGAACAUUGGAGAACUGGUUCUCGGUGGAUUGAGGAAUAAGCCGGAUUUUAUCGGACAGCUAGAGAUUGAGUCGGGAAAAGAAAGUAUCUACGCGGAAAUGACAGAACAAAGUAUUAAAUGUGCUCUGUGGUUAAGAAAGCAAGGCAUUCAGAAAGGUGAUAAAAUUGGCAUAUGGACUCACAAUCACAUAGACACCUAUAUACCAGUAUUCGCAAGUUUGUAUGUUGCCGCAGUAAUAUGUCCGUGGGAUCAUAAAGUAUCAAAAGUGUCUGCGCGAUAUGGUCUAUCGUUAACGUCCCCAAAAAUAGUCUUCGUGAACGCAGAGUCCGUCAAGAAUCUAGCAGAAGCGGCAAAAGAAGAAAAUCUAGAAGUUAAAGUCGUAGUUAUCGGCAAUCAACCAGGAUUCGUAUCUUUGACGGAUAUUCUUCAGGAUCAAGUCGACCCGUUAGAGAUCGAUGAGUUCCGUUGCACCACGGUCGAUCCUCAUGACACGGCGAUGAUCUGUCCUUCUUCCGGGACGACGGGUAUGCCAAAAGGAACUGAACUGUCUUACGUGUCCCUUUAUAAUAACAUCACCGCCGUCGAAGAGGUUCAUAUGAUCAAUGAAGUAACAUUAUCGAUACCUACGAUACGAUGGCAUUACGGACUGUGUCUGAUGUUUGAACUAAUUUUGUCAAACGCAAAAUGGAUCAUUCCUCCACAGGAAGAAAAGUUCAAUGAAGCCCAAGUAUGCAAAGCCAUUCAGGACCACAAGGUAACGUGGCAUGGAUGUGAUAUUGGCUUUCCAAACCGUUUAGUUAAAUACAAUAUUUUACAAGACUAUCCUAUGCCGUCUCUGAAAAAGCUCGUCAUAACUGGUGGGCCGUUGACAAAGAAAACACAAGAAACAAUUGCAAAAAUAAUGCCACAUACUAAGAUAUUAAAUUGUUAUGGUUUGACUGAUGCCGGGGGAUUAUGUGCGAGCCAAGCGAAAAAUAGUAAGCCAGGUUCUUGUGGUUUUGUGACCAAGGGAAUACGAAUGAAGGUAGUGGAUGAAGAAACUGGUAAAGCUGUAGGACCUAAUAAAAGAGGUGAACUUUGUAUAAAGUCGGAAUUUUUAUUGAAGUGUUACCACAAAAAUCCAGAAGAAACUAAAAAUGCGAUCGAUUCAAAUGGUUGGUUGCACACUAAAGACAUAGUAUAUUAUGAUGAGGAUGGCGAAAUUUUCUUCGUCAGUAGAAUUUCGGAUUUUAUUAGCGUCAGCAGCUGUAAAGUAUCACCCGCGGAAAUAGAAGGUAUACUUGAAACUCAUCCUUCAGUUCUCAAUGCCGUGGUAGUUCCAGUACCACAUGAAGUGGACAUAGAACACCCAAUGGCAUUUAUUCAGAAAGUAAUCGGAAAAGAGGUAACAAUAGAAGAACUGCAUGAUCUAGUGGAUAAUACUUUACCAAGUUAUUGUAAGCUUAAAGGAGGAAUCAAAUUUAUAGAUAAACUACCGCGUGGCAGCACUGGAAAAAUUGAUAGAAAGCAAUUAAAAUUAUUAGCAAAAAGUUACGUCAAUUAAAUUGAAGGAAAAUUAUACAAUUUAAAAAACAAGAUGUACCGUAUAAACGGUAACGUAGUAUGAGUAAUGAGUAGUAUAAACUUUAUCAAAGUAAUAAUAAAGAAUUUUUAAAUAAAUAUAAAAAAAUAAUGUAUAAAAAUACAAGUAUUGUUAUUAAAAUAUGUUGGCU